ACAAUAGAAUAAACUAAUUUUACAUUAGUGCUGGCUUUUUAAUAUUAGCUUAACUCUAUCCACUACGUAAGUAGGUAGGUGCCUACCUACCUACAACAAAUUGAAUUUACGCAAAGCAAAAUGUCACUAUGCAGGAGUUUGUACAAGGCCGGCAGCUUGAUAGCGAUACACUUUCACCCUUCGGGGUCGUCGGUCCCGCGAGCGCGACUCGCGGCCGCGAUCAAUGUUAUUCCACAUACCGGUUUCGCCACAGUGGCCACAGCCUCGACUAGUAAGAGGAAAAUGGCUGAUAAACUAACCCAAGAAGAGAGAGAUACCUUACUUCAACCACUCCUUCAAUCAGGCUGGAAAGUCCAGGCAAAUCGUGAUGCUAUUGAGAAAGAAUUCAAGUUUAAGGACUUCAAUGAAGCUUUUGGCUUCAUGAGCAGAGUGGCAUUGCUGGCUGAGAAAAUGGAUCACCAUCCAGAAUGGUUUAAUGUUUACAAUAAGCUACAGGUAACACUUUCAUCUCAUGAUGUGAAUGGGCUGAGUAAGCGUGAUAUUAGAAUGGCCAAAUUUAUGGACACGGCGUCUAAGUAGUUCCAGGCACAAGCUGAACAAAGCAUGAUGACAAUAUUGUUUGGAACUGGUUUUAUUCAAGCGAUGCUACUAAAUGUAUAUUUUGUUGUUAUGUAUUAGGGUUUAAUAUAUGUAUACAUAUUUUGUGUCUAUUUGAUAUUUUGUUCAGAUUAAUACACAAUGUUAAAGCCGCAA